CAUGGGGCAUAGGUGUUCUUUUAAAGCCUGUACAUCUAUUAUUUUAAAGGAAAACAUCUUCCAUUUCUGUUAAAGAUGUCGACUGCUAUAAUCAUUAGCGUUGUGAAAGAAAUAAGGAGCCAUUACAAACAAUGGAAUGCAAUUAAAGAUGACAAGAAGUUCCUUGAAAUUGCAGCAAAUUCAGUGUCAAAUUACUGUAGUCAAAAUAUAAAUAUCAAAAUAAAGGAUAUGGGAGAUUUUAAUUUCACAAUUGGAGGCCAGGAUAACACCAUCUACAAAGGAGAUAAAGACAAGGCAGAGGAUUGGGAAAAUGCAUUCCUGCCUAGUAAAAGUGUAAAGAUGGAGGUACUGGGAGCUGUGAAAAACCUCACCUUCCCAAAUGAGUGUGCCCAGCUGGUCAUAAUGCUUUGUGAGGACCGCCAGGUGUAUGCUUACGAUGGAGAGGAGAUGCACCUGGUCGCUUCGAGCCUGAAGGACCUCUUUGACUCUGGGCUUCAGUAUCCUGGCAUCCCAACCUUUAACUAUGGUCAACGAUUUGAAAACAUGUCAAAGAAGGAGUGGGAGGAACCGAAGCCAGAACAUGACAGGAAAGAUGUUAUGUCGGAUACAGAGUUUCUGGAAAACAUAAACCAGCUUAUUCUGUUUGAUCAAAAACAGGAACAAUACCUAAUUAGGUCUUCUCUUGAUUCAACAAAGACUGAAUCCAACAUGGACGGACACAACCACAAAAAAAAAAGCAAACAACAAGCCAUUCCAGAAAACACACUGGUCAGAGGAAGAAACCUUCAAAAGCACAAAUCUUUCAUGAAUUAUGUUCCAAACCAAGAUUAAUGCCAGAGAAACACCCAUAAUUUUUUAUUCAAACCUAGAAGAAACUGUCAAGUUUGAAGGCAUUUUAGAGUUAUUAGACUAUCCCAACAUACUCAUUACUAGGACUCAGUGGUGGACAACAGUCAAGUUUCUGAAUGUCUUAUCUGAAGUUGGGAUGUCUCCAUUUGGUUUUUCACCACCUGCCCUCUGGAAUAACUAGAAUUCUUUGGGUCUGGACACAUUGGUGCUGCUAGGAAAGUUGACAGGGAUGGUUGCCUACCUCUACAUGUGCUUGUUUAAGAUUUUAUAGUCCUAAGUAUUUGUAUUAUUUGCAUUUUUGGUGUAUUUUGUAAAAUCCAUGGUAAAUAAGUAUGUAUUUUAAAUGUCAUUUAAUCAGGGUAAAGACCCAGUCAUAGCACUUUCUUACCUUGACUUGUUUUCCUUGGUUUUGGAUAAACAGUAUAAAUAAGAAGAAACACCAUCCAGCACUUGUUAUUAAUCUUUCAAAAGCCUUUGACACUUUUGAUCACUCUUUACUCAUUCUUGAGUAAAAAUUUACUCCUGCAAAAUCUCUGUUUGAC